CGUGCGGCUGGGUAAAAUGGCUGUAUGUAGCCGAGCCUCGUGUUGGUUGGGUUUUCUCGCUGCCUCUGCCCGGGCUCAGUAACACAACUCCCACAACAAUUUCUGCCGCUGUCUCACGCAUUGCAUGGAGCCUCCAUCAUCUCUCUGACCCGUUUGCGGAGCCGGAACCGCGGGGAUGGCCGCCGGAUUCGGUCCGGUGUGAGGGGUGGGAAUGAAUCGGCACAAGGAUAAAUGGUUCUAAACAAUUAUUUAUAUUCAAUGCGAGCUUGUGAUUGUGACUGAGAGAGAGGGAGAGAGCGGUGGUGGGGGGUGUAUAUCAUGGCCGCUCAGGUCGCCACUCUUAACACUAGCCCGCCUUCCGAACUCAAAAAGCCGGAUCGGGACCCCAAGGAGGAGUCGGUACCGGGGGAGAAGCAGUCGGACAAAAAGCAGCCGGGCUUGGACAGCGGAUCGCCGGGCCGGGGGGAGCUGCAGGACGGGGCCGAGGGUGGAAAUGCAGGGGGAGGAGGGGAACCUGAGAUGAAGAACGGGAAUGGGAACCCGCCCAGGGCUAACAAUAAUAAUCAGAAUGACUCUGUUGGACCGGAGGGAAACAACCAUCCCGGCUUGGUGCAUCACCACGGAACCGCUUUCCCUCCACCUUCGUACGGAUACAGUCAGCACUACGGUCGGACCCCUUUUCAUCAACAUGGCGGACAACAAAGCCCUGGCAUGGCAGCUGCUGCGGGUCCGGUCGUGCAGUCGAGCAACAUGAUGGAUCCGUAUCAACCCAAUUCCCACGAACAUGGCUUUUCGAACCACCAGUUCAACAACUACAACCCAUUCCCGAACAGGACUCCCUAUCCCGGCCAAGCGUACGCCAUGAACUCCCCGCGCAGCACCCAGGCGCCGACAGCUGGUGGGCAGCCAGCUAAGCAGCAGCCACCGGCGGGAGGACCCACGGCGAUGGCUGGAUCUUACAGUAACCAGAGAUAUAACAUUGGGAACCCUCAGCCCACGUCCACGCCGACACUCAACAAGCUCCUGACCUCCCCGAGCUCGACGCGGGGAUAUCCAAACUACCCGUCCGGCGACUACACUAGCCAGGACGGAGCUAGCAAGGGACCAGCAGACAUGGGCAGCAGCGGUCAGUAUGGAGGGAGCAACCCGGGCUGGCAACAAAGAAGCCAUCACCCGUCGCCCAUGAGCCCGGGAAGUGCCGGGCAGCCGCUAGCUAGGAGCCAGCAGCCACCUGGUCCCAUGGACCCAAUGGGAAAGAUGAGAGGCCAACUAUACGGAGCCGGUAGUCCAUACGCUCAGCAGUCGCCACAGGGGCCUCCUACGGGUCCACAACAGGGGCCUGGUUACCCAGGCCAGGGUUAUGGCCCUGCAGGUCCCCAGAGAUACCCUGUGGGAAUGCAAGGACGUUCACCUGGAGGCAUGGGCACCAUGCCAUAUGGUCCACAGAUGGGAUCAUAUGGACAGCAGGGACCAGGAGGCUAUGGCGCUCAGGGCCAGGCACCAUACUACGGCCAGCCCGGCCAGCCUCCUCAUCCAAGCCAGCAGCAGACCCCCUACUCGCAGACCCCUCCGGGAACACCAGGUGGCCAGACACCUUACCAAGGGCAACCCCACCCUGCGCCAACUUCUGCUCCUCAUACCCAGGGAGGACCGCCGUAUCAGCAGCCCCACAUGCCCCAACAGCCCCAGGGGCCACUGCCAGGCCCGUCCCAAGGGCCCCCACAGUCUCAGCCACCGUACGCUCAGGCUUCAGCACCACCGUCUGGCCAGUCUCCCUACACCCAGCAGCAGGGUCCUCCUAGUCAGACCCAGCAGCAGCCAAGUUCCCAGGCUCCACCUGGAUCACAGGGCCAGUCCAGCUACCCGGGAUCCACACAGGGGCCUCAGCAGCCUCCCUCGCAGCAACAGCAGGCACAGUCUCAGCCUCCACAGCAGCCACCGGGACACAGCCAACACCCACAGGGCCAGCCUGCAGCGUACCCUCAGAACCCGCAGCAGCAAGCACAACAGUCACCUUAUCAGCGGUUUCCUCCUCCACAACAGCAGGAGGUAUCCCAGGAUUCAUUUCAGUCCAACGCCCCUCCAUCCACUCAGCCUAAAUCUGGCCCAGAGGACAGUCAAGGCCGCCCCUCCAGUCUCCCGGACCUGUCGGGAUCCAUCGACGACCUGCCGACAGGUACAGAGGGCGCCCUGAGUCCCGUCGUGAGCACGUCAGGUGUGUCGAGCAGCCAGGGCGAGCAGAGCAACCCGGCUCAGUCGCCCUUCUCCCCUCACACGUCUCCCCACCUGCCAGGCAUCCGAGGGCCUUCACCUUCCCCAGCUGGCUCCCCUGCCGGUGCCAGCACGCCCCGCACAGGACCGCUGUCACCCGCCAACAUGCCAGUGACCCAGAUGCCUCCCAGGCCGUCAAGUGUGCAGUCAGACGGGAGCCUACAUCCGGCAAUGAGCCAGUCUCCUAUGACCCAGGACAGAGGGUUUAUGCAGAGAAACCCUCAGAUGCCCCCAUAUGGCUCCCCCACGUCAGCCUCUGCACUGUCGCCGAGGCAGUCCUCAGGGGGACAGGUUCAUCCUGGGAUGGCCCCAUAUCAGCAGAACAACUCUAUGGGUGGCUACGGGCAGCAGGGGGGACAGUACGGCCCCCAAGGUUAUCCCCGUCAACCUGGCUAUGGCAACAUGCCCAACGCCAACUACCCCGGGCCGGGCAUGGGUCCAAUCAACCCCAUGGCAGGACAAAGUGGGGGUCCACCAUAUGCUGGCAUACCUCCAGGAAGGAUGCCACCGAAUCAAAUGGGGGCACGGCCCUAUGGACCCAACAUGGGCCCAAACAUGGGCCCAAACAUGGCCCCCAACAUGGGCCCAAACAUGGCCCCAAACAUGGCCCCAAACAUGGGCCCAAACAUGGGCCCUAACAUGGGUCCAAACGUGCCUCCCAACAUGGUAAACCUGCCACCCCAGGUAGCCUCAGGAAUGUGUCCACCUCCUGGCAUGAACAGAAAGCCGCAAGACCCAGCAGCCAUGCAGCACCCGGCCACCAACUCCAUGCACAACAGGAUGCCUGGUUACCCCAACAUGGCUCCAGGCAUGAUGGGGUCCGGACCACCUUAUGGCCCUCCCAUGAACAACAUGCCUGGAAUGAUGAACACACAAGGCGGAUCACCUUAUCCAAUGGGGCCAAACAUGGCCAAUAACUCAAGUGGUAUGGCCCCCAGUCCAGAGAUGAACAAUAAGAUGAAUAACAAAGUAGAAGGGACUCCAACACCCAAGCCAGAACCUAAAGCCAAGAAGUCCAAUUCCUCCACCACAACCAACGAAAAGAUAACACGACUGUACGAGUUAGGACCCGAGCCCGAGAGAAAGAUUUGGGUUGAUCGUUACUUGGCCUUCAUUGAAGAGAAAGCCAUGCCCAUGACCAACCUGCCUGCUGUAGGACGCAAACCCCUUGACCUCUUCCGUCUGUAUAUGUCGGUUAAAGAAAUAGGAAGCAUGGCCCAGGUGAGUAAGAAUAAGAAGUGGCGUGAUCUGGCCACUUCCCUGAAUGUGGGUACGUCAAGCAGUGCUGCCAGUUCUUUGAAGAAACAGUACAUCCAGUGUCUGUAUGCCUUUGAGUGCAAAGUGGAGCGUGGUGAGGACCCUCCUCCUGAGAUUUUUACAGACAACAAAAAGAACCAGGCUGCUAAGGUCCAGCCACCGUCUCCAGCGUCCCUCUGCUCCACAGCUGGGUCAGGCUCUCUGCAGGGUCCCCAGACACCCCAGUCCACCAGCAGCUCCAUGGCCGAGGGGGGAGACUUAAAACCUCCCACCCCGGCCUCCACCCCUCACACCCAGAUGCCACCCGUGUCCAGGAGCAGCGUUAACCUGCAGGACCCCUUCUCCGAAGGAAAUGACCCCGCUUUCCCGAGGAAGAACAUGACGCCCAACUCAGCCUAUCAGUCCGGCAUGAACACACCAGACAUGCAGGGGCGCAUGGGAACCUACGAACCCAACAAGGACCCCUUUGGUAACAUGCGGAAAGUCGGGGAGCAGUUUUUACCUGCUAGCCAGGGCCCUAACAGCGGGGUGGGUGACCAGCAGCAGCAACCACCACAACAGCAACAGCAGCAGCCUCCAUUCAACAGAGGACCACCUGGGGCAAUGGGCUCGAUGCCAAUGGGGCCCAGACAACAGUAUCCUUAUGGACCAGGCUACGACAGGAGAUCCGAGCAGGGAAUAGGCCCAGAGGGCAACAUGGUAUCGGGAGCUCCUCCGCCAAACCCUAUGAUGCCUGCCAAUGCCGAUGCAGGGAUGUAUUCGCCAAAUCGCUUCCCACCACAGCAGCCACGGCAUGAUUCCUAUGGUAAUCAGUAUCCUGGACAGGGAACGCCCCCUAGCGGCUCCUUCCCAAAUCAGCAGCCUGGAAUGUAUCCACAACAACAGAGUUACAAGCGUCCUGUGGAGGGCGGUUACCCUCCAUCAAAACGUCAUGAGACUGAGUACAGUGGGCCUUUCCCUGGUGGACAACAACCACCGCAGCAGCAGCAGCAAGGAGGCUCCUCUGCACCCUCUUCAGGACAGCAGGAGUCGUACAAUCAGUUCAGCGGCAGUGGGCCCUUCCCUGGCCCUGAUCGCCGUCCACCUGGCCCAGGCAAUCAGUUCCCAUUCCCGUUUGGUCGUGAACGGAUGCAGGGAGCGACAGGGCCCAACGCUCAGCCCAACAUGCCCCCUCAGAUGAUGCAGUCAGGCCCAGAGGGUCCUCAGGGAGGCAUGUGGCAAGGACCGCGAGACAUGAACUAUCAGAACUACCCUAGCCGGCAAGGUGGCCCCGGGGGCCCACCCCAGGGGCCUGGUUACCCUGGCAUGACCCGCCCUGAGGAGAUGAUGUCAUCAGAACAGCGCAUGAAUCAUGACGGCCAGUGGGGUGGUCAGAUGGGCCCAAGGCAGCCUCCCUAUGGUCCAGCAGGGCCCGGCCAAGCCAUGCCUCGCUCAGUACAGUCUAACUACCAGCCCCCUCAGGGUGUGCAGAACCACAUUCCACAGGUGUCCAGCCCGGCCUCCAUGCCUCGCCCGAUGGAGAGCAGGACAUCACCUAGUAAAUCUCCAUACAUGCACGGAGUAAUGAAGAUGCAGAAGGCUGGACCCCCAGUGCCUGCAUCUCACAUAGUGCCCCCUCCGGUGCAAUCGCCUCUAAUAAGGCGAGACAUGCCUUUCCCCCCAGGCUCUAUAGAAGCUACGCAUCCUGUCCUGAAACCACGUCGGAGACUCACCAUGAAAGAUAUCGGAACGCCAGAGGCCUGGAGAGUCAUGAUGUCAUUAAAGUCUGGUCUAUUGGCUGAGAGUACGUGGGCCUUAGAUACCAUCAACAUUCUCCUUUAUGACGACGGCAGUAUUUCCACCUUCGAGCUAAACACGCUGCCUGGGAUGCUGGAGUUGGUGGUUGAGUAUUUCCGACGCUGCCUCAUUGAAAUCUUUGGCAUUCUGCGGGAGUAUGAGGUUGGAGAUCUUGGCCAGAGGACACUAAUUGAUCCUGAUGCCUUGAAACAAGAUUGGGACAGCAUGGACGAAGAGGAGCCACGGGCUGAGGACAUGGAACAAGACGACGAGGAAGACGAAGAAGAAGAGGAGGAGCGAGAAACGGACGGGCCAGCUCGCGUGAAAGAGGAGGAAGAGCAAGAGCAGUGCAGCAAAUCUCGGGGUAAAGAUGAUAAGACGGAAGAUGAGGAGAGGAAGAGCAAGGGUUCUUCAUCUGAACAGACAAGCUCACUCCAAUCGUUACCUGCCCACGAGAGACCCAAACAGUCCAGCAAGUUUGACAAAUUUCCCGUUAAGGUGGUACGAAAGAAAGACCUGUUUGCUCCUGGCCAGUCCAAUAAUCAUGGCAAACUGCAGGAGUUUGACAGUGGGUUACUUCACUGGAGUGCUGGAGGGGGGGACUCAACAGACCACAUCCAGACCCACUUUGAACCACGCAAAGACUUCUUGGAGCCUCGAGUGCGAAUGCCCGUGCCCCAGGUUUUACUGAAGAGACGAAUUCCAGAAGAAGAGCUGCAGGACAUCUGGUUACCAAAUGAGGAGGAGAAGAGGAAGCAUCAAGAUGAAGAAGAAAGGCCUAAAGAGUCAUCUUCCUCAGAGAAAGCAGCCGUCUCGGAGAAGGCCAGCCCCUCACCCAGCAGUGAGGAGGAGAGGAAAACACAGUCUGAGACAAAGACAGUUGAGGAAGAAGCUGCAAGUCUCUUGGAGAUGAACAGACCUUUUCUCUCCUCCAGCUUUGUUUUAACCCAGCGGUCGAAGCAGAUUGGUGCCAUCUUGGAGGAUGAGCCUCACAGUAAAGACGAGGGGCCGCUCAUUGCACUGGCUAACUGGCAGGAUUCUUUAGCCCGCCGUUGCGUUUGCAUCUCCAAUAUUGUCCGCAGUCUCUCCUUUGUGCCAGGCAAUGACCACGAGAUGUCCAAACAUCCAGGGCUGUUGCUGCUGCUAGGUCGCUUGAUCCUGCUCCACCACAGGCACCCUGAACGCAAACAGGCCCCGCUCACUUACGAGAAAGACGAGGAUUCAGAAGAGGGAAUGGGCCAAAGGGAUGAAUGGUGGUGGGACUGUUUGGAGCUCCUGAGGGAGAACACGCUGGUCACUUUGGCAAACAUCUCAGGCCAGCUGGACCUCUCCAUCUACCCCGAGAGCAUCUGCUUGCCCCUAUUGGAUGGUCUUCUCCAUUGGGCUGUCUGCCCCUCAGCAGAAGCCCAGGACCCCUUCCCCACGUUGGGCCCACACAGUGCUUUGUCACCUCAGAGACUGGUCCUGGAGACGCUAAGCAAAUUAAGUAUCCAAGACAACAAUGUGGACCUCAUCUUGGCUACUCCACCAUUCAGCCGGUUAGAAAAGCUCUACGGAAACCUGGUGCGGCUGAUUGGAGACAGAAAGGUUGCAGUCUGCAGGGAGAUGGCCGUGGUCCUCCUGGCCAACCUUGCCCAGGGUGAUACUAUGGCAGCCCGAGCAAUUGCUGUUCAGAAGGGUAGUGUGGGCACCUUGCUGGGUUUCCUGGAGGAUAGUCUGGCUGCCACUCAGCUUCAGCAGAGCCAGAGCUCACUACUACACCUACAGGGGAUGCACUUCGAACCCACAAGCCCGGACAUGAUGCGGCGAGCUGCCCGGGCUCUGCACGCCUUAGCCAAGGUGGAGGAGAACCAUUCAGAGUUCACACUACACGAGUCCCGACUCCUCGACCUUUCAGUGUCUCCCCUAAUGAACUCGCUGGUUUCUCAUGUUAUCUGUGAUGUACUCUUUUUGAUUGGCCAGUCAUGACAGCUGUAGGGAGCCGUGGCUCCUCGUUUUGGGGGGGUUUCUCCCCUAUCCCCUCUUCCCUGGUAACCUGGCUUGUGUGUGUAACAGGGCAAGGAAAGUUCAAGUGACUGUCUUUAAUUUAUGAAAAUCCUUCAGAUUCCAUUCUCUGAGCCCUCCCCAGGCCGUCCUUGCUCGAGGAGGAUAAUCACAGAGCUGUGGUGGAUUACAAACCAGAGAGAUGCCCACAAAGGGACACUACUUGCAACACGAAUGCCAACUGGAUGACAUGGAGCAGAGCACCGCGGUUGGGAGACUGUUCUGCACUUGGGGGAAAGAACUUUUUAAUAAAGAUAAAUAAAUGAAUAAAUAAAUAGCUGAAAAACAAAAACUGUAACCAAAGUUGCUGUCUCGUUUACAGUGAGUUUUGGAGACACAGUGUGCCCUAGCUCUCGCCUCGGGGCACAGAGAGUCUAACUGGUUGACGUUCAGAGGUGAAGCAGACUGACAAGUGGCCUACUGGUUAUAGUUGCUGUAGUUGGAUUCUCACCAGUCAGCCCGGCAGCAGACAAAGUGCUGUCAGUAGACACCUUCACCAGGGAGGCCUGUGCAGUGUGCAGUAGAUUGUAGGACAUUUUCUGUACCAUACUGCUCUUGAGUGUAAGCAUUCUGUACCACACGUUUCACACAGAAGCUGACGAUGCAGCUCUUCUAGAGUUUUGAGGUCAUUUUAGUUUGGUGUUAAACAGAAAAUGGCUUUCUUCCCCAAAGUAUCAAGAACCUACAACACCCUUACCUCCUCUUAUCCCUUGAUUGUAUGAAUACCCUUAUGAAAAGAAAUCACCUCUUAGGACUGGUUUUAAACUUCAAAUACAGCUUUGCUGUGGUGUAUAUAUAAUGUUGUACAUUACACUUCCUUUCUCUGUGUCUGUCUCUGUCUGUGUCACUAUUCUCACACUUGUUUUUGGUGAGGGAUGGAGGCUGACUUGUGAGUUUGGUCCGUGACCUCCAGUCCCUGCCGAUUUAGACCCACUCCUCUGGUCUCUCCACAGCUCUGUAGUACGGCAGACACGGCUCGACCCUGUUAUCUCCUGGUACAACAGAAAUAAACUAGAUGAAGUACACAUUGACAACUUUUCUCCGAUCAUGGAUUCUGCAUAUUUGUAUUUCAGACUAUGUAGCUAAGACAACAUGUAAAUUCCUCCCUUUCCCUUUUUUGGCUCAACGAAUAUCAUUUAUUCAGUAUGAAAUCUUUAUACUAUAUGUUCCACGUGGUAAGAAUAAAUGUACAUUAAAUCUU